GUUAGUCAAUGAAAAGUUGGUUCAUGGUGUACUUACACCAUUUUCUGCGUCCAUGUGGACACAGUAUGCGUUUCAGAUUAUGCUUGUAGUUAUUAUGUAAGUCUAGGACAGUUUCAAAGACAGAAUUAAAUGCACCGGAUGAGGUGUAAACGUCUUUCUUAUAAAGACUAUUUCACAGGUUGAGGUAGCACAUAGGCAGAUAGCGGUGAUUUACUUGUUAGUCCACUGUAAACGAACGGACGUUAUCAGCUACUCAUGGCAAGACAUCGAGGCGCAUCGCGCUUUUACGCACGACUCCAGUGACUGGGGAAAGCAGAGUGAAGUGCCAUGGAGACCUUUAAUGUAUGAGCCACCGCUGCAAGAAGAUGAUCCUGCUGCCCGGUCUGCUGCUCCUUCUCUGGGGAGAACCAAGUCGGUGCCUGGAAGAGGAGAGAGUCUUUGAAUUUAAUGGGGCCCUCCGUCAGUUCGCUGUGGCCACCAACACGGUUUACAUCGCCACAGAGGAUGAGCUGUACCAGCUGAAACACGACCUGACUCUGAUCCAGAGUCUGACCCAGAGAGGAACCUUGAACGCAGCAUCACGAGUGGACGACCAGAAGUUUUCCCGGGUUUCUGAAACGGAUAAGUGGAACGCAACUCUCAGUGUUAACAUUUUAUUGCCGUUUGUUGUGAAUGAAACUCUGAUCAGCUGCGGCGUGGUCGACAACGGCUGCGGUUACUGCGAGUUGUUGGACCUGAAGGACAUUUCAGCUGUGCUGUACAGGGAACACAUCCAGGUGGGGCCACCAUGGCGCAACAGCGCGUCCGUCGGCUUCCUGGUGAGUGUGGAGAAGUCAAGUAUCGAGACUUACAUUGUGGCGGCUUCACAGCAUCACAGUAACCCCCCAGAGACCAGCUGUUCGUCUAGAUCAGAUACAGUGAACCUUCACAACACGAACGACAAGCAGAGAGGACUUAUAUUUUCCUCUGCUGGCGAGAGUUCUAGCGUUGCGAUCAAUAGUGCAGACGACAUUAAUGUGGAGUUUGUGGAUGGUUUUCAGAUUGAUUUAAUCAUUUAUCUUUUUGCCAACCUGCCCUCAAAUGACAAAAGCAACAAAGUCCGUCUUAUUUGGCUUGAAGGCAAAGGCGGCAAAACCGCGACUCUUCAGUCGUUGCGGGGUGCUACUCUCAGUAUCUCUGAUGGCGGUAAAGACAGCAGACUCCUGGCUUCCUCGGCGAUCCCCGGUGGGCCGCCGGUGCUGUGGAGCGGCGUGUUCAGUGUGGACGGAGGACAAACCAACACCGAGCUGGUACUGUUUGACAUCAGCCCUGAUCUCACCGGAGACAAGGAUGCAGAUCCGGAUUUCCACAGUGUUCCUCGCUCUAACAAAGGAAAACAGACGCCAAAGACACUGAAGCCGAAGAAGGUGCUCUUCAAGCAGAACUACAUGACCUCUGUGCUGGCAGUGAGACAGAAAGGCUGGGUGGUUUUCUUCAUUGGGACAGGAGAUGGGCAGCUCAUUAAGCUUGCUGUGGACAAGAACUAUCACACCACCUGUCCCAUGGUGCUCUACAGGGCCAAUGACGACCGCCGAGUGUUUCCCAAAAUACACCUGGAUCAAGUGGAUCGUAAAUAUGUUUAUGUGCCGUUUCAGAACCAGAUGAAGCGAGUGCCUGUGUCAAAGUGCAGCACAUAUACAAAUGUGCAGCACUGUUGGUCUGCACAGGAUCCAUACUGUGUGUGGUGCAGCUCUACAAGAAGUUGUAUGUUUGAGGAUGACUGCCAAGACUCCAACUGGUUGUCCAUCCCUGAUGACUUUCAACAGAAAAUGGUCUCCUACAAACUUGUGAAGGACAGCACUGACCAGAUCACACUUACUAUCCAGACACAUCUGACUGUGGGCCAGGACGCGCUGUCUAACUUUUUCUGUCAAUUCCUCCAAAAUUCUAGGGAGCUUUGUAGGAGGGACAGCCCCCCUCCACAGUUCCCUCAUUGCAAAUGCAUCCUUAUAAAUAACACACUUCCUGAUGAAGGCCUGCAUGUCAAAGUUAAGAUUGGACUUGGGAUGACACAGUUGUUUAAACAACUCAAGAUAUCCAACUGUGCUGACAUCAAGGGGCCACCAACUGCUGCCCUAUGUCGGCAGUGUAUUGAGGCUGGGUGUCUGUGGAGCAAAAACAGCUGCUCCUGGGCAGAUCAAGGAGAGAGGAAGGACAGUGUUUGUCAAAUGAUGGAGUCAAGGAUGAACGUUUCUGGACCAGAGAUCUUCUCCAUCUCUCCUAGUGUUGUGUCUUUCUAUGGCAGAAACCAUGCGGUGCUGUCUGGUCGUAACCUUCAUAGUGUGACCAGAGUGAGGAUCCAAGGGGAUAUGGACUGUAAACCACAAGAAUUGAAUGUAUGGAGCAACACUGGUGUGAACCUGACAUUUCACAUCCCCCGUGCUGACAGUAAAGGUGUGGUCAAAGUGUGCGUUCUGCUUGCAGAUGGUAGUUGCCAUGGCAACGCUAAAAUCACCUACCAGUCAUCACCAUCUUGCACCUACAUUGCACCAAGCAGCACCUGGGCCAGUGGGAAAAGGAAGAUCACACUCGUGGGAUCUCACCUUGAGUUUGUGGAAGGCAUAAUACACAGCCCCGCCUGGCAGGAAGUCAGUCUUCCCAGAAACAACAACUAUCAGAAUCUCACUUACGACACACCUGCAAUGGGGACUGUUGAGAAUUUUAAAAGCAAUGUGUUUCUGAAAGUAGCCAAUGAAACGUUGAUCUGCCCCAUGACAAUAACUUACUAUCCAGAACCUGAGUUCACCAGCUUCGCAACCACAAGGACAGGAGAUGAUGUCCGCAUCACCAUACAGAAAAUGGCAGACAAACUGAACAUGACAAUAGCAGAGUUGUCAGUUUUGGGCAUCCAUGAAGGAAAACCUUAUCCCUGCAUCAUGGAAGCCAAAGAAACCAGCAAUGAGACUGACUCCUUCAUCUGCGAGAUUCAAAUGACACCUCAUGCUGAAUUUCAGCAGUUAAAGAUAAUAUAUGGAGACAAGACGGUAACGCUGACCCUUAAGUCUUCAUCUCUGUUCCUUCUGAUGCUGCUUGUACUUCUGCUCAUACCCUGCAUUAUUGGUUUGGUGGUAAUCAUCUAUCGGCGUAAACAGCAGCAGCUCACUGCUCAAAUGAACAAGCGUAUGGAAGACCUGGAGCUCGACAUCAGGAAUGACAUUAGACAAGGUUUUGUGGAUCUUCAGACAGAGAAAGCUGACCUGAUGGAAAAUGUUGGAACUAUUCCCUUCCUGGACUACAAGCACUUUGCCUCCAGAAUCUUUUUUCCUGAGGGUGAAUCUUUGAUGACAUCGUGUAUCAAAGACAUCAGUCAGGACGCGAUGCAGGUUCAGCUUGAUGAGUGUUGCCAGGGCUUGUCCAGGCUGAUCGAGGACCAGUUCUUCCUGACAUCUAUGGUGCAUGCUCUGGAGGAGCAGAAAAACUUCACCAUCAAAGACAAGUGUGUGUUAGCAUCAUUGCUGACCGUAGCUCUCCACAACAACUUGACGUACCUGACGGAGGUAAUGGAGGCCCUCCUGAAGGAUCUGAUGCAGCAAAACAGCAACACUCAGCCUAAACUGCUGCUACGACGCACCGAGUCCAUUGUGGAGAAGCUGCUGACUAACUGGAUGUCUGUCUGCCUCUACGGCUUUCUCCGGGAAAGUGUCGGCCAGCAUCUGUUCCUGAUGGUGAGCGCUCUCACACAGCAGACUGCAAAGGGGCCUGUGGACUGUGUGACAGAGAAAGCUCUGUACACACUCAGUGAGGAUUGGCUGCUGUGGCAGGCUCCAGAAUUCAGCUCACUGAAGCUGAAGGUGCUGUUUGCAGUGGGAAGUGAUGGAGAGGUCAGCGAGCCCCUCGAGGUCAGUGCUCUCAGCUGUGACACUGUGGAGCAGGUUAAAGAGAAAAUCCUGUCCACCUUCAAGGCCAAGUUUGGUUUCCCCUACAACACCAUCCUCAGUGACAUUUGUAUUGAGUAUGAGAAGAAUGGAUUGUUCGUGCGCCUUGAGGAAGUAGAUGCGAGCUCGGAGGUCAUUGGAGAGGUCACGAUGCUCAACACACUCAAGCAUUACAAGGUUCCUGAUGGAGCGACAAUCAAAGUGCUUUCAAGGAAAACUCAUCCUCCUCUGAGCCCGCAGGGAAGUCUGAAAGAUGAUGAGAACUUCUCUGGAAAAUAUUUCCACUUGAUUGAUCCUGAUGUAGACGAGGACCAAAGAAAGAACCCAGAGAGGAAGAAGUUAAAACUGAAGGAAGUGCAUCUCACCAAGCUGCUCUCCACCAAGGUGGCGGUGCAUUCCUUUGUGGAGAACCUGUUUGGAUCUAUCUGGGGGAUGCCGCACGGCAAAGCUCCUCACACUGUCAAAUACUUCUUCGACUUCCUGGACACUCAGGCAGACAACAUGAAAAUCACCGACCCAGAUGUGCUGCACAUCUGGAAGACCAACAGUUUGCCCCUGCGCUUCUGGGUCAACAUCAUUAAAAACCCUCAGUUUGUGUUCGACAUUGAGAAGACUCCAAAUUUGGACGGCUGCCUGUCAGUCAUCGCUCAGGCAUUCAUGGACUCCUUUUCUCUUAGUGAGAUUCAACUGGGGAAGCAUGCACCAACCAACAAACUCCUCUAUGCCAAAGACAUUCCCAAGUUUAAACAGGAGGUGAAGGCUUAUUACAAGCAGGUCAAAGACCAGUCACCAAUCACAGACUCGGAAUUCAAGAUCUUCCUGCAGGAGGAGUCAAAGAAACAUGAAAACGAGUUCAACGAAGCUGCAGCUCUCCGAGAGCUCUACAAAUUCAUCCAGCGAUACUUCACAGAGAUCAAAGAGAAGCUGGAACAAAACGGAGCCCCUACUGAGCUGGUGGAGCAACUACAUCAUAUUAAAAACUUGUUUGAUGGACUAAAAACCUGCUCGUGGAACUGAGCUGCCAUCCUGAGGAAAACUCUUACAAAGUUGUCAGGUGAGGGUGGAGGAGACUUUUUGCAGUGUGCAUCAUCCCCCGACAUGAAGAUGAGGCAUUAGAAAAAGUGUUUCAGAGGGGCUGAAAGCAGCUGCUAACCUUGGUGGUAAUUUCAUGUGUCAGUGGGGAGUUUUGGACAACACAUUAGCCUCCUGACGCGACAAAAACUGUGACGGAAACUGGCAGAUUUUUGCCUAAAUUGGCCAGCAGAUUGACAUGAUGCACAAUUUAACUGUGGGAGGCUUUUAUGGGACAUUUUUAGAGAAUGAGGUUCUCCUGACCAGUCUGGCAUCUGAUGGACUUUUAGUGAACUAUUUAAGAAGGUCCAGAAUGCGCACACACACACACACAAAGUGAAAUCCACAGACACAUCAAAGUGUUCAACUUUAAACCAUUAUUGUUUCAGUAUGUUAAACUUGUUGGAUGUUUAUACAGACAUCAGUAGUCUGUAUAAAGAGUGCAAUUCACAGCCUAUAAACCUUUUUUCUUUCAGAGUGGCUUAGAUAUGUGUAAACAACAAGCAUUCUUGGUACAACAUCAAACCCUGAGGAUGUCAUGGUCAGUUAAAAAGGUGGUGAGGUACUUUGCAAAAUUAGAAAUACCUGCAAAUGUUGACAAAACUAUGGAAAUACAGUUAUAAAUAAUGCUUCCAUUUUUAUGCAAACAUUGUUGGUGUCCUUUGUGUGACAAAAACAAUGCCACAUUACAAGUACAAGUCCUUAACGGGGGGCGAGGUUCAGAGGUCAGGCUGGGGUGUGGACUCCCGGUCCCUCUGCACCAGAGAUCCCAGUUCCUCCAGCUGCUGCUGCUGCGCGCUUUCCAGGUCCUCCAGCCUCCGACGGAGCAGAGAUAGUUCCCUCUGAUGCUGCUCCUCCUGCAGCAGGGAGAGGAACACAACCACGUUACAGCAGCCUUAUUAAGAACAUUUUUUUUCUUGACCACACACAUCUUGUAUAAUCAUUUACUUAUUCACACAUGCAUCUGGCUUUCUGUGCAACUCAUCACACUUUGAAAAAAAUGACAUCCUUUGGUUAAUUGCUGGUUUAACUGUGGUGAAGUUGCAGCAGAUUAUUGGAGCUACAGUCAAACACAGCGUGUGCCUGUGGGGACAUUUCACCACGGUUUCUGAAUCAACCUCUGACAUGUGAGUUUGUGCCUUUGUGACUAAAACCUCAUACAUGUGAAGUGCUGCUUCAGUCAUUGCUCUUCAACAACCCACAUUUCCUCAUAAUAGAAUCCGAGUUGCAGCUGCAAUGCAUUGUGGUAUUUUUCUCUGUGCCUCGUCUAUGAUGGACAUAUGCCUGUCACUGUUUGUCCCCAUUCAACUAAUUACACAAUAUUAUAUAUCUACAGCACAUAUGUCAAACUGGUCCACAGGAGGGCCGGUGUGGCUGCAGGUUUCUGUGCCAACCAACCAAGAGCACACCGUUUGACCAAUCAACUGUCUGAAGACGGAGAUCAGUUGAUUAAAUGAGUCAAGUCUGGUGUGCUGCUACUUGGUUGGAAAGAAAACCUGCAGCCACACCGGCCCUCCUGUGGACCAGUUUGACAUGCCUGAUCUACAGUAUGGGCUAAUAUUCACUGAUGCUCACUGGGAUGUUGGUCAAUGGUCCCUCAGACCCGAGGAGGAGGAAGGGCGUGGCUGAUGAGGUCAGGAAGGCAGGGCUGGCACCAUAGGGACCCUGGCCACCCAAUAGGAGGCGUCGAAACUCGUUGUGUCGUCGCUGCAGCUCCUUCAACCGUCUGCUAAGUUGAGCUUGCUCCUCUGAGAAAGAUGACCGUCUGGACACAGAGGACAAAAAAAUUCUAAUUUGGUGUUUUGGUAAAUACAGCCUCAUUGCUGUUUGCCUCUAUACACCAGUUGAAUUUUAUGUCCAUGUCUGUCAAGACUCAAAAGAUAUGUAGUGACUGACAGAGAGCUUCAUCACCUGAAGCUCAAUAUCAUCAAAUGAAAGAUUUAAAGUUUACUUCUUGGCUGCCACAGCUUCCAGUUGGAGCUCCUCUACUUUGGCCUCCAGCAGCUGGAUCUUAUCCUGCAGUCUCUUCUCUCUGUUCUCUGUUAGUGUUUUCCUCUGUACAACACACACAAGAAAAGGAAAAAAAUAUGAAGCCUCCCUCGAGACCAUUACCAUGAGUCUAAACACAAGGAGGUAUUGUAUUAAACUCAUACAUACUUAAAACAGACAUGAUUCAGGUUGUACUGUCCCUGUUCUGAAACACAUUAGCAAGCAAAGCCCACAUCAUGACGCAUUCUCACAAAGUGGUAGGGAGGAGCUGUACCUUCUUCUGGGCCACUGCCGCCCUCUGCAGUUUCUCUUUCACCUGAGAGUAUUUCUGCUGCAGCUCAGCGUCUCGCUCCUGCAGCUUGUGUUUCUCCUCCAACCACUCCACCUGACGGUCCUCCACCAGCCUGGAGGAGAGGAGGGAAAGAGUGUGCUUGAAUUGACCGUACUGUUCAGUGCUUUAGCCGGUCUGUAUGAAGACUGAGCAGCGGCUGUACCUCUCGGCCUCCUGCUGGCUCCUCUCAGCCUGGGCUCGGGCCGUCCUCAGCUCCUCCCUGAUCCUGUCCAGCGUUUCUCUCAGUCGCUGGUUUGUCUCCAUCAGGUCACUUUCGGAGUGAGACAGUGUCCCCAGCUGGACACCCAGUUCCUGGUUCUGCUGUUAGGUUAAACAAAUACGAGUCACAUUUAUUUCAGAUUUACAAACAGAUGUUUUUCUUUUGUUUGUUUUU